AUGAAAUCCCUUGCUCAUCCAGAUGAAUUUUUUUCAUUAUUAAAGAUUGGUUAUACUGAAUCAUUCAAACCAAAAGAGCAACUCAAAGAUAAUUUAACAAAUAAAGAGUGGUGUUACGAAUUAUUAAAUAAAACUUCAAGAAGUUUUGCUUUUGUAAUUAAUGAAUUAGAAGUUAAUUUAAAAGAUGCCAUUUGUAUUUUUUAUUUAGUAUUAAGAGGUUUAGAUACAAUUGAAGAUGAUACAACAGUUGAAAUUAAAACUAAAUUACCAGUUAUGACACAAUUUUCAGAAGGUUUAUAUCAACCAGGAUUUAAAGUAUUUGGAUAUGGUAUGAAUAAUGAUGAAAAGAAUUUGGUUCAAAAUUUUGAUAAAGUAGUAGAUGUAUUUUUAAGUUUAGGUGACAGUUAUUGUACUAUUAUUCAUGAUAUCACACGUCGUAUGGCCAAUGGUAUGUCAGAAUUCCUUCAAAAACAAGUUGUUACAUUACCAGAAUGGGAUCUCUAUUGCCACUAUGUUGCUGGUUUAGUUGGUAUUGGUUUAAGUAGAAUUUUCCAUGCAUCAGGAUUAGAAAGUGAAUGGUUUGCCACUGCUGAUGAAGAAUCAAAUCAAAUGGGUUUAUUCUUACAAAAAACCAAUAUUAUCAGAGACUAUUUAGAAGAUAUUAAUGAAAAUAGAAUAUUUUGGCCACGUGAUGUUUGGAGUCGUUACACUUUAAAUUUAGAAAACUUUAAAGAUCCAAAAUACCAAAUCUCUGCUCUCCAUUGUCUCAAUGACCUCAUCACUAAUGCUCUUUCACAUGCUGUCGUCGCAUUAGAUUACAUGAGUCGUUUAAAGAAUGAUAAAGUUAUUAAUUUCUGUGCAAUUCCACAAGUUAUGGCUAUUGGUACCUUAAAUGCUUGCUACAACAAUUACAAUGUUUUCACUGGUGUAGUUAAAAUUCGUAAAGGUCAAAGAGCCCUUAUUGUCGAUGCCAUUCAAAAUAAAGGUAUCACUGGUACCUACGAACUCUUCUUUAAAUUCGCAAAUGAAAUGCAACAAAAAGUUCCACUUAAUGAUCCAUCAGCCAAUAAAACAAUUCAACAUCUCGAAUCAAUUCAAAAACUCUGCGUCGAAAAACUCGGUUAUAGACCAUCAGGUUUUAAUGAUUUCAUCUCUUACGAUUGGAUGGCUGUUGCUUCUUUAGCUGCUUCUUCUGCUUUUCUCAUUGCACGUCACGGAAACUUAUCUCGUUUGUAA